AAGGAGGUCGUAGGUAGCAGAAUAAUCGACGAGCAAUUCCAACAUCCCAGAGCAAGAAGAUGUUCGGUCCCCGUCGGACGGAACCCGGAGGUCCAACACACCAACCAUCCACGAGCCGGUCUCUGCGUCUGACUGCUCCGGGAGGUCCAACUGGAGCACCGCAGCAACCCCGAGGACCACCUGGGCGCACGCAGAGUAAGCAGGAGCCCGGUACGUUCGGUCAACAUCAGCGUCUUCAGGGCGACUCAGUUCCGAUCGAAGAUGGAGGGUUCGGCACCUUAUCUUCCAGAGCGCGGUCCUCCUCAGUGGUCAAUUUUCACCAAAAGUCUUCUAGGUCGAAAAUGUUAAAUGAGCCACCAGACACCACUACCUUCGGGCAGGAACAACACCAGGGAGAGAUGACCCGUCCUCCACGCAGGAGAUCGGUGUCUAAAACGAGCGGCGCGAAGAUGAAUGCUGACCUGUCCUCACGUCCAGCUUGGAAUUCCGAUUUUGCAACUGAUAGACCGGAACAAGACCACGAGGACGGGGUGAUGUUUAUGGCACAGCAGGAUCAUUUUCCGAGGACCUCCGCGCAGACAACCAAAGACACCACGGCGUCGUCAGCAGACUUCUACAGCGCAAGUGGCGUCGUGGACCACCUGGAAGCCGGUCCCGGCACUAGCGGACGAGGCAGCAGGAGGAGGAACACGGGAGUAGAUGUAGAUCAACAUCAAGACCACGGCACUAUGGUAAAAAACCUUGCUGCUUUCAGAUCUGAAGUGGAUUCCUUCUUGCGCAAUUGCCCUAGUUUCUCGAACGAAUUCAAGAAGCGGCGAGGACAUCAUGUGACGAGGGCAGAGUGCCAGCGUCGCACCAGUAGGUUGACGGCCGGCGAGGGUGAUGGAGAUGAGCAAACCGGACAAGAACAUCUUGCGGAAGUGAUUGAGGUUUUCAGAGAACUCGCCGCCGAUAACGAGCGGCUGCGAAAAAGACUGGAAACGACCACCGCCCAGCUGGCCCUGGAGCGGACCGCCAACAGCAGUCCGUGGAAACUCUGGGAAUUUUUACGGGACGAGGGAAAGGAAUUGGAAAACGCGGACGAACGGCGGGUUUUCCUCUUGAAAGCCCAGAUUCUCGCGCUCGAGAGGCAGGUAGCGAAGUGGAAUGCGAGUAUGUUGAAAUCCUCCGGAGGACGCUGCGCGACAGAAGUGGAGCAAACGGGUCACGCGGGAAAUUCUCUGCGGUGGACGAAAGAGAAGGUGUGGGCGCUGGAGCAGGAGCUGCGGUGCUUCGCAGAACAGCUGGUUUUGGUUUCGUCUGAGGGUGAGAAUGGACGACAAGUCGGGUCAUCAUGUUUACGACAAGAGGGAGCUCCUGCUGGCACCUCUUCCUCCGGGACGACGACGACGAAGAUGAAUGCAAAACCACAAAAGCCGGAGUGGAAUUUUGAUACGACCACACUUGGAGUAGACCACCCGAUAGAACAAGACGGCCUGCCAACGAGGAGAACUGAUGCUUCUUCGCCGCACACGGGCCAUGAAAGGCCGUCAGGUCAACAGUACAAAACGGAUGGCGAUUGUACCAGCCACAAUUACACCGAGUACCACAAUCGUCUCGCCUACCGAUGCAUGAGCAAACAGGCCAUCCUCGACUUGGCCGAACGACUCUUCGACCUGGGCUUGGAUUUGCCGAUUGCUUCGAACGAAGAUCCAGCGCAGGAGCUGCAGGGUGCAGGAACUGCUACGGGCUUUCAACGAAUCAGAGUUUGUGACAACUCGUCCGCGCGAAGAAGGAAGGCGUUGGAACGGCAGCUGAUGCGACAGCUCUUGCUGAUACAAGAGAAUAACGCUGCCGUUGCGAGUAAUAAUCCUAAUCCAUAUCCACCAUCAGAUCUGGGGCAACCUUUCAGUCACGGUAGAAGCCCGGGGCUGUAUGAUGAUGAUCCCACAAAUCGAGCCUACGAGCAAGAAGACUCCCAUUCCACCGCAGCGUCGUUCGAAAUUCCUGUGGAUUUGCUGGCGAGCUGGAAACAGCUACUGAAUACGCGAGUUGAGAAGCAGGCGACGAGAGUAGAUCUCCGCAGGGCGAUCUGCGAGAUGGUUCGCCUCGCCGGGCAGUGGCGAGUGUACCUGACCAUGCUUUUAAACGAUCAUGAGGGGAAAAACUAUGCUGGGGCCUGAUCAGCUACAGCUUCAACAGCAGCAAUGAUGUUGUUGCGCCAUUGUGGACAGGUAGGAGCCGAUCGCUAUUUUCGAGAAAACUUUAUACCGUGAAGUUGAAAACCAAAACCGGUAAUGUCUCUUGCUGCGGUCUAAUA